ACGACUGCGGACGGCGCAGGAUCUAAAACCGCGCUAGGCGCUGCUCUCCACGCUCGCUCGCUCGCUCCGCUCCGCUCCGCUCCGCUCCGUUCUUCUCUACACCCGGUUGCUUUUUCGUGGGGGAAACCUGAAACACGCAUAUCCCCGUGGCUGGCAUACAACACACUACGAACCUACCACCUUCUGUCCGGCGGAGUUACGACGAGUGCCACACGCAGUAGUAGUCACGGUCAGGGAGGAGGGUCGCCCGCCGUCUCUCGCGGACAGCUCUCGCUCGCUCGCUCGCUCGCUCGUACGUUUGGGCGCGCGAUCUCCUCUCUCGGGUUCGCGCGCGUAAUCGUCCCGUGGUCCGUGGCAUCGCGAAUAGUAAAGGCCGCGCCGCGCGUCGCGUCGCGUCCGCGUCUCGCACACUCUGUGCGUUUGUACCGUCGUCGUCGUCGUCGUCGUUGUGCCGAUUAUCGCUCCGAAGCGAGCGAACGCGGCCGCCGGGUGUGUUGGAAAAGGCGGCGGCAAUCUCAGGGAGAGAGAGAGAGGGAGAGAGAGAGAGAGAGAGAGAGGAGUAGCCGCGCCGCCGUCGUCGUCGCGUCGUGGCGUCGUGGCAACGCCGCCGCGUCACACCGUGUGCGUCACACGCGCGCGUCUUUGCGCUCCGCUCCGGUAAACGUGCGCGCGCGAGGUGCGAGCAUACCUACCACCCGUCGUCCGUCGGUCCACUGUGCGCGAUUCGCGCGACAGUCAAUAGUGCUCGCGUCGCGUCCCCGAGUGUCGUGAACUGGAGAAUGUGACAUCAUCGGUGAUGAUUGCUAGUGUGCGAAACGGUGAAUAGAGGAAAAAAGUGUGGCAAGUGGACCGAGAGAGAGAGAGAGAGAGAGAGAGAGAGAGAGAGAGAGAGACCGGUUGCAGCAUCUCGAUGCGGCACGUUUGGCCGCUGGCUGCUGCAGGCCGCCUCGCGCUCUAGAUGCGCGCUUCUCCAUCACGGUUCCACGUCUUCUCUCCUGACACAAGGAGCACCCGCGUCGUUCGUUGACCGACUCCACGUGCCCUCUCCGCGUGAACGCUCGUGACAUGCGGGAUUGACGGGAAAUAUAUCCCACCGAGCUGACGAGCUGUGGUGUCGCCGUCGCCGUCGUCGUCGUCGUCAUCGUCGUCCGUCGUCGUCGUUGUCGUCGUCGUCGUCGUCGUCGUCGCCGCAACGAUGAUGAGGAAACACGUGUACCCGACCCAAGCCGUUGUCGUCCUAGUCGCCGCCGUGCAGGCUCUACCGCGAACGACGGUACCCGUCGCCGUCGCCGUCGCCGUCGCCGUCGCCGUCGCCGUCGCCGCCGAGCUCUGCUGACGUUCGUCCGUGACACUUUUGACCGAAACCCGCCGGCGUUGCCGCCGCCACCGGUGCCGUCGGCCGCUGCCGUUUCGUUCGCCGAGCGACUACGCCGUCCUUGUGCAUGUGUGUGUGUAUGGGUGAAUCUUUCAAAAUACAGAGGACGAGACAACAAAAGGAAAAGAAGGCCGCUACUCUAAACGCGAGAAGGGAUUUACCGAGAAGGAGAGAAAGAGUAGAGAUAGAGAGAGAGAGAGAGAGAGAGAGAGAGAGCAAGCGGAACCGACCGACGGAGCGCGAUUGUCGAAGCCGAGUGGCUGGCAGUCGGCUCGUCCCGACGACGGCUCUCUUUCGAAAGGAGAAAAGAGGUUCGUCUCGCGCAGCGUGUGCCGUCGGCCGCCGACGGAGAGGCCAGAGUUCCGAGAGAGCCCCAGCACAGUCCCGUCGGACGAAAGCCCAACGCGCGCGCGUGUGUGUGUGUGUGUGUGUAUAUGUGUCACGCAGCGCGUCCGAGCGUCCAGGCUUAGCGCGCUCUCCAACAGUGAAGCCGAGAAAGUGUAGUGUCAAGUGUCGAGGCUCGCUCGCUUACGUUGUGGGAAAAUACAGCCGCUACGGUGGCUCAGCACGCAGAGUUCCCCGGCGCGGCCAGGGCGUUCAUGGCGCAGCCAAGGACUGGCGUGACAAGCCGCUGGCUUGGAGGACUCGGAAAAAUCAUUGCUUCCGUUCUUGAUCGGCCAGCCAACCGAUCAAUUGAAUACGACGAUGGCGGGCUGCACGGGGGUUACCUCGAGGGCGGUGGUGGUGGCGGAGGCGCAGGGCUAUACGAUCCACAUGGUAGUGCCCGCGGUGUUCCCGGUCUUCAUCACAGCCCACACCUGGGAGGUAUGGGCCCGGCCCACCCUCAGUACCCACCGCCUCCUCAGCCGCCACAACACGUUCUCGCGGCGGCAGCUGCGGCCGCGGCCUCCGCGGUGCCCGAUGUCCACAAACGCGACAAGGACGCCAUAUACGGACACCCCCUGUUCCCGCUUCUCGCACUCAUAUUCGAAAAGUGUGAGUUGGCAACGUGUACGCCGCGCGAGCCCGGUGUAGCUGGUGGUGACGUUUGCUCGUCAGAAAGCUUCAAUGAGGACAUCGCCGUUUUCUCAAAACAAAUCAGACAAGAGAAGCCAUACUACAUUGCAGAUCCGGAGGUGGACUCGCUAAUGGUUCAGGCGAUUCAAGUCCUCCGGUUUCACCUCCUCGAGCUCGAAAAGGUACACGAGCUGUGCGACAAUUUUUGCCACCGAUAUAUCAGCUGCUUGAAGGGUAAAAUGCCGAUCGACCUCGUGAUCGACGACCGAGAGAGUUCGAAGCCACCCGAGCUGGGUAACGGUCUGGACGGCAGCGGACCCAGAAGCACCGCCGACAGCACCAGCCACACGGAUGGAGCUAGCACGCCGGACGUCAGGCCACCUUCCUCGUCGCUCUCGUAUCCUGGUGCGGGUGCUAACGAUGACGCCCGUAGCCCUGGAAGUGGUGGUACACCCGGACCUCUCAGCCAGCAAGCGCCAGCCAGCUUGGACUCAUCGGAUCCAGAUGCAAUGGGCAAAUGGUGUCCUCGUAGGGAAUGGAGUUCGCCUCCUGACGCGCAACGCGCGGCGACCGACGCGCGUCGUGGUGUCCUUUAUUCCUCAGUUUUCCUCGGCAGUCCCGCAGGUGACGCGAGUAACGCGAGUAUCGGUAGUGGCGAGGGCACGGGCGAAGAAGAUGACGAUUCGUCAGGAAAGAAAAACCAAAAGAAACGGGGUAUCUUUCCUAAGGUUGCGACGAACAUCCUCAGGGCGUGGCUCUUUCAACAUCUUACGCAUCCGUACCCUUCGGAAGACCAGAAAAAACAGUUGGCUCAGGACACGGGGUUGACGAUUCUUCAAGUUAACAACUGGUGAGUACCAUGUUCUUGGUAAUGUUAACGAAUGAGCGUUGGUAUGUAAGUAAAAUUUUCAGCUUGUCAACUUGUUUUGUAUUCACCAUUUCGUUCGAGUUUUAUUCUAGCCGAUAUUGCAUUUUCUAGUCAGUCAAUUCGUAUGCUUAUCCAACGUAAGCCAACUGGAAAUGAAUUUCUGGUCAGUCAGGAAUUAUCCUCAGCCGACGAACGCUUCCUGUCGGCUCGGAACUCGCGGCCUGAUCACGAGCAAGCUGACCGGAAGUUGUUCCGGAGUACAAAUAACGCGAUCGAUCGUCACACUUUCUUCGUUUCUGAUACUUUUCUUCUUUGAUGGACGCGUUGAUGUCAUGGUUUACUUGUCGUUGCUCUAAUAGGACUGGGUACAAGGGAAACCCUAGAGCAUGGGGUUGCGCAUAUAACACAUCGUUAUGUUGUUUCCACGGGGGUGAGAAUAAACACACUCGUGCCGAAUAAUACAAAGGUGGCGCGGAGAAGGACGGAUACAGUUUUCCGUCGGAAGUGACGUCCCUCUUUCUCCGUCACGGUAGGGAGACUACAACGCCGAUUAUGCCUUGUUCUUUUUUUUCACAAGGUAUAGAAACACGAUACAGCCGAAUCGCCCUUCGCGAUCAUUCCUUUCACAUUUGAAAUAGGGCGAUCGUUUUUUUUUUUAAGCAUUUAUUGCUGUAACUGCAAUUUGCCAUAUAAAAUCCGGAUUAUCCUAAGUCAUUUAUAUAGAAUGCAUAAGAUGUGAAUUUAGCUACAAUAUUUUUCUGUGACAGUUUGCGCAUAUGUAUCUUUGUUUUUGUACAUUUUGAUAAUUACAGAAAAAAUACUUUGCUUAAAUGUAUGUGUGUAUAUACAUAUAUAUAUAUUUUUUUUAAUAAUUUUGUCAUAGAUCGUCAAAGUAAUUGUGUAACAUGUUCAAGCUAGUUGCAACAUUCUCGUUACGCUUGAGUGUCUUACAUAAUUAUUUUGAUUGUCCAACAAAAUGAUUUUCAAAUCUUUAUCUAACAAAAUAUUUAAAUACUUGAGCAAAAUCUGAAUUACUCAAUAUUUAAUAAAUUAUUAAUAUUAAUGUUAAGAGAUAUCCAUUGUAGAAUAAACAUAAGCAAGUAACGAACCGAAACGCCGUAACAUCUGUCUUAAAUACGCGAAUGAUGGUUAUUCAAAGUAUCUGUUCUGAAAAUGACGAAUUUUGGCGGCAUGCACUGGAAAACGCGAUCGGUAUAGAUAGCAUCGGUCGGCCGCAGUGAACCGCUGUGCGAUUCUCGCGCGUGGAAACGCAAUAUUCCGCAUUGGUUACCGUCGUUCGUUGACGCGACCGACGCGCUCACAUCGCGGAAUCAUACAAUGAUCGUUUAAUCGGGCGUGCUUCAAACAAUUGGUGCGUCGCUUGCGUUCGCCGGACCAACCACGGCAACAACUCCGCAUCGCUUUCGCGUUUGCUCGUCUUCCGCAGAGACAAAUAGCGCGAGACGGUCCGACGAGCAUUUGAUUGCCCGUGCUGUUGCGUGCGUGCACGUGAUGCGUAUCCGCAAUACGCACUCUGCUCGCGUACGUAUCGUCAGGAAAUGCGAAAUCGGGAAAUCGCGCGUCGUACGCGCCGUUACGCUCGCCAACCAUUCUGUGUGUUGGAACUUACGGCGGAUUGAUCUUUCACGUGACGAAAUAGACAACGAAAUGGAGAUAUAUGAUCUAUGUACUCUUUAUAGAGUAAAUAUCUGAUAUCGAUGAAAUUUAAACUAAUGAGAAUAUCACGAUUUGUUUAGAGAUGGUGCUUAGAUAUAUAUAUAUGUAUGCAUAAUUGUUGAUUUAUUCCGUACAUCUAUUUCGAGAGUGAUUAUUUGAUUGAAAAUGUCGUUGAUUAUUUAUCUCUGAGAGAUUAUCAUUCUACUUUAUCGGUUAAGAUAUUUUUUCGUAGCCAUCACACAUAGAGUUACUAUUUCAUAAAUAUAAUUCCUGGGACAAUUAACGCAUAUUGACGCUUUUAGUUGAUUCGGUUGUAUACAACAAUUAUGAACUAUUGUAAAUUUUACGAUCGAGAAAAUCGCGAUUCCAUUAAACAUCAACAUCGAAGAUACAACAGUGACAUUACGGGUACGGUUUAGCGUGUUCUGAUACCUCGAGAACUGUGAGCGGAACAACGACGAUGAUUCAGAGAUAUUUAUGAGGUGCAGAGAAUUACCGCGCGUGAAAAGAGAAGAGAGCACAUCGCGUACGGUUGAGAGUAGAAUUACACGAUGUCGACGAUGAUAUAACGCGCAUAUCUCUUACGAAUGUUCUUUCUUGUCCCGUGAAAUCUCUCAUCGCCAUCGGGAGACGAGAACCGAGGAUCGGGAGGAUUCGAUACGACCUCGCGCUUCGUUCUUUGAGGUUGAAAACGCUAAAUCGGAAAAAUUCCUGUCAGGUUCGUGCUCUUUUCUUUUCGGCGUUGCCUAUCUGCUUGUUCGAAUAAAUCUCUUUAGGUUACGGUUCAACGUCCGCAGGUAUCCGCAAACACCAGUCCUACUGUAGAAUGCUUCGUACGUAGAGCUACUACGUACUACAAGGAAACGCCAAUAAUUUUGGACUAAAUUCCUGUCGACCUUCACCAUGUUCUUCGAGACGGAUUUCCAUCGUAGCAGAUCUGAUCUAGAUGUCGAUCGCUUCUCGCUUUAAGCAAUUAAUGUUUAUAUGUCGAAUAGCGCUGAGAAACAGAUCAAUUCCAUCGGCGUUAACGUCGAUCUAACGUGUUUGAUUAAUUAACAAAAAAAAAAAAAAA